AUGUGUGGUGCCGAGAUAUACAAAAUCAACAUAUUACAAGCCAUGAAGAUGGCUAAACAUGCUUGGAACUCGGUUUCAUCAAACACUAUCAAGCACUGCUGGGCUCAUACAAAAGUAAUUUCCAUCAAUGGAAACUUUUCUAUCGAGGAGACUCACUCGGAGAUCGAAGAAGGUUUAAGAAAUUUACAAGCAAUUGGCGCUCUCUCAUCAUCGAACACAAUCUCACUAGAGAACCAUUAUUCAAUCCAUAGACGAGAUUGA